GCAGGCGGGCCCGGCUCGCGGGGGAUCGCUGUGCGGCGGCGUCAUGGCCGGGGUGUUCGACAUCGACCUGGAGACGGAGGAGGGCAGCGACGGGGACGAGCUCGAGCUGGGCGCCGAAAUGGAGCUGGAGCCGCGAGGGAGUGGCCUGGAGCCUGUGGGGCACUACGAGGAGAUUGAGAUCUCGGAGUGCAGUGUCAACAACGGCCCCGAGCACAUUGGUCCACACUGCUUUGAGCUGCUCCGCGUCCUGGGCAAGGGUGGCUACGGCAAGGUAUUCCAGGUCCGCAAAGUGCAGGGCACCAACAUGGGCAAGAUCUUUGCCAUGAAGGUCCUGAAGAAGGCCAAGAUUGCCUGCAAUGCCAAGGAUACAGCGCACACGCGGGCUGAGAGGAACAUCUUGGAGGCUGUCAAGCACCCCUUCAUCGUUGACCUCAUGUACGCCUUCCAGACGGGUGGCAAGCUCUAUCUCAUCCUGGAGUGCCUCAGCGGUGGAGAACUUUUCAUGCAACUUGAGAGAGAGGGCAUCUUUUUAGAGGACACUGCCUGUUUCUACCUUAGCGAAAUCACAUUGGCGCUGGGCCACCUGCACUCCAAUGGCAUCAUCUACAGAGACCUCAAGCCAGAGAACAUCAUGCUCAACAGCCAAGGCCACAUCAAGCUGACGGACUUUGGGCUGUGCAAAGAGUCGAUCCAUGAUGGGGCUGUCACACACACCUUCUGUGGCACCAUUGAGUACAUGGCCCCGGAGAUCCUGGUCCGCAGUGGGCACAACCGGGCUGUGGACUGGUGGAGCCUGGGUGCCCUGAUGUACGACAUGCUCACAGGAUCGCCCCCCUUCACAGGUGAGAACCGCAAGAAAACCAUUGACAAAAUCCUCAAAGGCAAGCUGGUGCUACCGCCCUACCUGACACCUGAUGCCCGAGACCUACUCAAGAAGUUCCUCAAACGAAACCCCAGCCAGCGGGUUGGGGGGGGUCCCGGUGAUGCAGCUGAUGUGCAGAAGCAGCCCUUCUUCCGCCACAUCAACUGGGAUGACCUCCUGGCCCGCAAGCUUGACCCCCCCUUCAAGCCCUGCCUGCAGUCAGAGGAGGAUGUGAGCCAGUUUGACACCCGCUUCACCCACCAGACACCCAUUGACAGCCCCGACGAUGCAGCCAUCAGUGAGAGCGCCAACCAGGCUUUCCUGGGCUUCACAUACGUGGCCCCAUCAGUGUUGGAGAGUAUCAAGGAGGGGUUCUCCUUCCAGCCCAAGGUGCGCUCACCCCGGCACCUCAACAGCAGCCCCCGCACCCCUGUCAGCCCCAUGAAGUUCUCUCCCUUCGAGCCCUUCAAGGCCAGCGCCACGGUGGAGUCCAUGGAGCUGGGGCCCAGCCUGCCCCCUCCACCCGAGAGCACGGCCCCACUGCCCAUCAAGACAGCAGCUGGUGCCAAGAAGCAGAAAGGGGGCCGGGGCCGGGUGCCCAGGUAGGGGAGGGCAGGGGGGGAGGCUGAGGACAGGGUGGGGGCACAUGACCCAGGUGAAGGAGGUGAAGCCCUGGGCCUGGGUCUGGCCCUGCAGUGGAGGGCCCGGUACCUGCCAUGGGACCAAGCAGGUACCCCUCAGAGCUGCUUGUGCUGGCAAGGGGUGCAGGGGGAGGAUGUGCCUCAGGGGGCUGGUAAUGUGCCCCACACUCACUGCUGCCAAUCUUUUUUUUUGGAGGGGGGGCAUAUCCCCCCUCCCCGUGGUGCGGGCAAAGCCCCAUGGUGCUGAGUUUCCCCACCAGGGUGGGGAGCGUGGGCUGGAGAUGCCCCUGCCCUGCUGCUGGAUCUGUGCCAAUUAAAGGACUUUGAUCAGUU